CUAGCUAGCUAGCUUGUGGACGAGCACACUAGCUAGCAUAGCGUUCCUCUCAUACAGUACCGGUAGGCUGACGGAAGCCACAAAGUCGAAGAGGAAGAAAAUAUCCAAAAGGGAAAAGAUUCUCACUCCCGCACUUGUUCCGUUUUUUGAGAAUCCGGCUAGGGUUAGAGCUGAAUCCUUGGAGACUUUGCAAACUCGAGCAGAAGCAACAAGGAGGAUCUGGCGGGUUGUCUCACCGGAUGCUUGCACAGCCUAUUAGUACUUGUUCCACAAGUCUGCCUGACUAGCUAUUUCAUGUUAGCAUCUGGUGAGUAUCUUUGUUGGAUAGUUCAUUGAAAGCAAAGUCGUACAUUUCAGGCACUUCAUUGAUUGGUCCUGUUGGCGUAGCAUUACAGUAUGUGCAAACCAUCAAUGCCAGCAUCUGGUAAGAAUCAUCCUUAGAAUGUCAUUGAAAGCAAAAGUCGCCCGUUUUCAGGCACUUCAUUGAUUGUUCCAGUUGGCUAAGCAUUAUGAGCAAACAUCCUGGUGCCGACUGCAACACCGCGAUGGAUGCACCCGCCGAAACGACGAUCUUGCAGCGGGGGGCCAGCCGGAAACGCUCCACCAUAUCCGAGGGGAGAGCAGGGGAGAGAAAGCGACCCAAGAAGACUCAAAUUGCAAGUACUGGUCCUUCGAUCGCCACCGAGAAUCGCAUUUCGGACUCUCUACCUGUUCCAGUUUCUCCUCCUCAAGAUGCUGGAUCAAAGUUGUUGACGACAGUGAGCACUCCUGAGCGUGAUUGUGCUAUUAAUAGUAGAUCUUCUGGGGAAACAAGCGCCAGUUUCAGCAGCCUCUCACCUCCUGGAUUACGCAUGAUAUCAGAGUGUCUCCCUCCUCCACCGGUAGUGAUCACUCCAUCAUCGGCGACAGAGAUUGUCAAACUUCCACCUUCGUUUCUCUCCUCGGACUUGCCUCUGGCUUCCAAAGAGACUUCUUCUUCUGGAUCCUGUACAUCAUCUUUGUCCGAAGAGACUUCCAAGAGCUCUUCUCACAGUGUCGAUCAAGAAGAAGGUGCAUCUGGGACCGUGGGACAGAGCCAGCACGUUCGGGAACAAGAGGAGCCCUCGGUGGACGCUGUCGAACACACAGUUCUUCCCGUCAUCGAUAAAGCAAUCAAGGCUGCCAGGGAAAAGGCGUUGAACUCCAAACCCAAGGACACCGAGGAAGCUGCGGAACAAGUGCAGACAGAUUACACAACUUGGCCCAGUUCCAUUUGGGAAACAAACCUGAACGACUCUGACGGAGAGAUUGUCUUUGAGCUUUCCAGUCGUUCUAGUGAUUCCAACGAUGGCGAUCGCAACGAAGAACAAAUCGUCGACGGCGACUGUACCAAGUCAAAGUCGGAAACAGAAACUUCCGCAACACAGAUCAGCGACCAAACUCGAAAAAUCGACCAGACAUCCACUGACCCAAAGCGAGAUACGAGAGGACAGCAACGAAGGUUUCUGAUGCCACUGAUCUUCGUGGGAACAGUUGUCCUCGCCUUCUUCGCAAGAGGACGUUGGUUAGAUCGCCAGGGCAGCCUGGAAACCCUCUUCACGAGGGCCGUCAAGUUUUCUACAGAUUCAGUUGCUGUAAGCCAACACAAGGUCCACUCUGGAAGUGCCAUCAAACAAACAACCUUAACUACCUUGCCGCCAACGGUUGGUCUGGACGCUCAGACACUCCCUGUCAAACCAACUGUUUUCUUGGCUACGACAUCAGAGGAUUCGCCAGCCUUUCGCGACCUCGAGGCCGAGUUGAACGAAAACAAGCAACCCGAGCAGGUCAAAUCCAUGGCCACAAGCAUCGUCUCAAAGGAAGGCCAUGGUCCAAACACUGUGCCAAAUGACAAGCGGGAUGAACGUACGGAGCCGGCUGUGGAUUCAGCUGAACCAAUCUCAACCAACACGUCGGGGGAAACGGGAGAAGGAGUGGUUGGCGAUGAGCUGAAGUUUGCUUUAGAGAAUCAAACCGCUGUAAAAGUCUCUCAAGACAAGACCCCAGUGUUGAAGAAUGAAGACACUCUUGUAGAGUCGAAGGAGAGUCCCGAGGCGUUGAAAGACAAAUCCGACAACGUUAAAAGUCUAGGUGUUCGGGAACAACCCCCAUCGAAUGAGCCAGCUGUAGAGGAGUCGGACAUGGUAACAAUGGCGAAUACCAACCUAUAUGAUUACAAGACAGUGGUUGGCGACGAGCUAAGGCCGAUCAAAAAGGAACAGAAACAGUCGGUCCAAGUCCCUAAAGCUAACGCCCCCGUUGGAACGCCGGACAACACCGCUAGUGCAGAAAAAGGGAGCGUCACCUCCAAGGACACCCGAUCCACCAAAUCGACGACGAACUCUUCAGCGCCAACCUCGUUGAAUGGACCAAGAGGGGAAGAAUCAAAGGAUUCCACGCUGAAAGCUCCCUGGACGAGAGGCAAGACCGUGACCGACGACAAGCCAAAGUUGAAUAGAGACAGGAUCAAGAAGAAAAGAGUUGAACGUGCUGCAAACAAGUUCACCCAUGGACGGAAGAACAAGACGACUUUGAAAUCAACAGCGACUCCCGCCCAGAACGAAGAUCACAGCAAGCCGAAGGCCAAAGGAGCUCCCGACAUGAUGGACACAACUAUAUUCGCAAAGAACUCAUCCACUGGCAUCUCUACAGUCGAUCUUGAUAUCGGAAAGGAACCCCCUGUCACCGUCAGUGUCAACAGCGAAACCAGACACUCGGGCGCAACGAACUCAACUGACACAGGCAAACUGGUGAAAUCGGUCAAGCCCAAAGAACUCGUAGACAUGGUCGAACCCGCUUCGUCUUCACAAAACAAAACCGUUGGUGUCAUUGUUAAAGCCACUUCAAAGCAAGACAAAGCCACCGAAGGUGACGCUAGCUUGAACCCCCCUUCACCCCCUGAAGCACGAAGCAGCAACGUACUAUCUGUCCGAGCCCAGUCUAGUACUUCAAAUGCCCAUGAGGUGCAACUUCCUGAUGCCUCGCUGGAGAAGAGUCCCCCCAAGUCAACUGCAACUCUGGCACGCACAGACAGAUAUGACACCUCUUCCGACAAAUCUGAGACGGAUGAUUCCAUCAACGAACCGACAAAGGAAGAGGAGCCGUUGCAGAAUGGAGACAAUCCAGAAGUAGGCAAACACACACAUGGGGAAGAGGCACUUGGAGAAAACCCCGCCAGAAAGGACGUACAUGAUAUUAAUACCUUCUCGGACGAAUCAGAGACUGACCAAAGCACUAAUGAACUGGCAAAAGAAGAGGAGCCAUUGGGCAAUGGAGACAAGCCAACGGUAGUUGAGAGUGGCGAGGUACUUCAAGACGGCUCGAUCACAGAUGUGGCCUCCGACUAUCGUGCACCUGAACAGUAUGAGUUUUUGGCCAUGAGUUUCCUUCCAGUGUACACCCAGGAAGCAAUCGGGGCUAACUCACAGUCGCCCCAAGGAAAGGCAUUGGAUUGGUUGAACCACGAGGCAAGCCUUGCUAGCGAGCUUCCUGUCUGGAGGAAGUUGCAACGUGUUGUUCUAGCAACUCUCUACCAUUCUCUCUUUCCGAAAAACGAUAGCGGCUCUUAUCCUACCAUUGCGCAUGACCGCCAUGAAUGUGAAUGGUUUCAAGCACACGAAGAAGACUUUAGCUGGUUUUGCAACGAUCAAGAAGAAGUGACCUACGUAUCCUUGGCGAACAGAGGUUUGACUGGGAGCGUCCCGGCUGAAAUUCGACUCCUGUCAUCGCUCUUGGUUUUUGACCUGCGUGAUAACCCUGACAUCCAAGGCCAAGUGCCCAGCAGUCUCGGUUCGCUACCAAGCCUUGUUCACAUUCAACUUCAAGGAUGCAACUUUCAUGGUCCCGUUCCGUCAUCGUUGUGGCGACUCCCAAGGUUGGAAACGUUGGGUUUGUCUGGCAACUCUAUCGGAGGGAGCUUGCCAUCAGAAGUCGGUUUGCUAGCAAACAUCUUGGAUUUGCAACUGCAAUCGGUGGGCCUUCAAGGAAGCUUGCCGACUGAGAUCGGAGAGCUGCUUUCAUUGGAGCGGAUGAUCCUGUCUGGCAACAAUCUUGCUCAAUCAAUUCCAGAUGAAAUUGCUAUGCUGCGAAAGCUUUCGUGGAUGGAUCUUUCCCACAACGCAUUCCAAAGCUCAAUUCCUUCGUUGCUAGGACGUCUGAGAAAACUGAGGGUGUUGAAGCUCGACAACAACGAUCUAACAGGGAGCAUCCCCGAUCAAUUGUCUUACAUCAAGGGUUUGGAGGAUCUGACCCUACACAACAAUCGACUCGAGAUCUUGCCCAGCGAACAUGGCGCUGCCUGACGCCUGAGAGUACUAGUAGGUGAGAAGUAACAAACUAAACUGAUUAGAAUUAAUAAUUACAUCCCAAUCCUGCCCCACUAGUUGAUCGG